AUGCGCCACAAAAGCCUAAAAGUCCGAACUCGCCCCAUGGACGGCCAGACUUUCACCAAAAGCGACGUCUUGAAGAUCCUAGAAGAAGGCGCUGGCAUUACACCCAUCGAGCUUGGUCAAGAAGGGGAGAAUAUUGUGCUCUGGUUCUCUGACAGUCUCCAGCUCCUGAGGGGAAGACUUAAGGGGGAAGGAACAAGGAACUUCCUGUUUGCGGAACAAGAAACUGACGGAACAAGAAGCUCGCGGAACAAGAAGCUCGCGGAACAAGAAGCUCGCGGAACAAGAAGCUCGCGGAACAAGAAGCUCGUGGAACAAGAAGCUCGCGGAACAAGAAGCUCGCGGAACAAGAAGCUCGUGGAACAAGAAGCUGACGGAACAAGAAGCUCGCGGAACAAGAAGCUCGCGGAACAAGAAGCUCGCGGAACAAGAAGCUCGCGGAACAAGAAGCUGACGGAACAAGAAGCUGACGGAACAAGAAGCUCGCGGAACAAGAAGCUCGCGGAACAAGAAGCUCGCGGAACAAGAAGCUCGCGGAACAAGAAGCUGACGGAACAAGAAGCUCGCGGAACAAGAAGCUCGCGGAACAAGAAGCUGACGGAACAAGAAGCUCGCGGAACAAGAAGGGAGCGGAACAAGAAGGGAGCGGAACAAGAAGGGAGCGGAACAAGAAGGCAGCGGAACAAGAAGGGAGCGGAACAAGAAGGGAGCGGAACAAGAAGGGAGCGGAACAAGAAGGGAGCGGAACAAGAAGGGAGCGGAACAAGAAGGGAGCGGAACAAGAAGGGAGCGGAACAAGAAGGGAGCGGAACAAGAAGGCAGCGGAACAAGAAGGCAGCGGAACAAGAAGGCAGCGGAACAAGAAGGCAGCGGAACAAGAAGGCAGCGGAACAAGAAGGGAGCGGAACAAGAAGGGAGCGGAACAAGAAGCUCGCGGAACAAGAAGCUCGCGGAACAAGAAGCUCGCGGAACAAGAAGCUCGCGGAACAAGAAGCUCGCGGAACAAGAAGCUCGCGGAACAAGAAGCUCGCGGAACAAGAAGCUCGCGGAACAAGAAGGCAGCGGAACAAGAAGGCAGCGGAACAAGAAGGGAGCGGAACAAGAAGGGAGCGGAACAAGAAGGGAGUGGAACAAGAAGGCAGCGGAACAAGAAGGCAGCGGAACAAGAAGGCAGCGGAACAAGAAGCUCGCGGAACAAGAAGCUCGCGGAACAAGAAGGGAGCGGAACAAGAAGGGAGCGGAACAAGAAGGCAGCGGAACAAGAAGGCAGCGGGGAGUGUAUCAUGUAGACCAAGACACACUGUGGAGAGGGGCUUUAAUAGGCUUCAGGAUAAACAACAGGGUUUCAGGAGACCUUCAAUAGACUUCAGGAGAACAUUAAAAGGCUUUUGGAGAGCUUUAAUAGACUUCAUGAUGAGCAGCAGCGGGGCUUCAGGAGAGCUUCAGUGGGCUUCAGGUCAGAGAGGCCAAGUUUGA